CGCCACCUCCCCGCCCCCACCCCCCCUCCCCCACCGCGCGCGCUCCGCCCGCCCCGGAGCCUCGCCCUCCGCCACGAUGAGCAAAUGAGCGCGAGCGAGGGCAUGAAAUUUAAAUUCCACUCAGGGGAGAAAGUGCUGUGCUUCGAGCCUGACCCCACCAAGGCGCGAGUGCUGUACGAUGCCAAGAUUGUCGAUGUUAUUGUUGGGAAAGACGAAAAAGGCAGAAAGAUUCCAGAAUAUCUGAUCCAUUUUAAUGGUUGGAACAGAAGCUGGGAUAGAUGGGCAGCUGAAGAUCAUGUCCUUCGUGACACCGAUGAAAAUCGGAGAUUACAGCGUAAAUUGGCAAGGAAAGCUGUAGCUCGCCUAAGAAGCACAGGAAGAAAGAAGAAACGCUGCAGGUUGCCUGGUGUUGACUCUGUCUUAAAAAGCCUCCCUGUUGAAGACAAGGAUGAAAAUGAUGAAAACUCAAUAAGCAGUUCCUCUGAUGACAGUAGUGAAGAAAAGGAUGAAGAAAUAAGUGAAGAAAGUGAUAUUGAAGAAAAGACGGAAGUGAAGGAAGAACCGGAACCACACACAAGAAGGGAAAUGGAAGAAAGGACAAUAACAAUAGAAAUCCCAGAAGUUCUGAAGAAGAAGCUCGAGGACGAUUGUUACUAUAUCAACAGGAGGAAACGGUUAGUGAAGCUUCCGUGCCAGACCAACAUCAUAACUAUUUUGGAGUCCUACGUGAAGCAUUUUGCUAUCAAUGCAGCCUUUUCAGCCAAUGAGAGGCCUCGGCACCAUCAUGCUAUGCCACAUGCCAAUAUGAACGUGCACUAUAUUCCAGCAGAAAAGAACGUUGACCUUUGUAAGGAGAUGGUGGAUGGAUUAAGAAUAACUUUUGAUUACACGCUCCCACUGGUUUUGCUCUAUCCGUAUGAACAAGUUCAGUAUAAAAAGGUGACUUCAUCCAAGUUUUUUCUUCCGAUUAAGGAAAGUGCCACAAACACUAACAGGAACCAGGAGGAGCUCUCUCCGAGCCCGCCUUUGCUGAAUCCAUCCACACCGCAGUCCACGGAAAGUCAUCCCACCUCCGGUGAACCAGCCACCCCCAAGAGGCGCAAGGCCGAGCCGGAAGCCUUGCAGUCUCUGAGGCGGUCCACGCGCCACUCUGCCAACUGUGACAGGCUGUCUGAGAGCAGUGCCUCUCCUCAGCCCAAGCGCCGGCAGCAGGACACGUCCGCCAGCAUGCCUAAGCUCUUCCUGCACCUGGAAAAGAAGACACCUGUGCACAGCAGAUCAUCCUCACCUGUCCCGCUGACCCCUAGCAAGGAAGGCAGCGCAGUGUUUGCUGGCUUUGAAGGCAGAAGAACUAACGAAAUAAACGAGGUCCUCUCCUGGAAACUGGUACCGGACAGUUACCCCCCAAGUGACCAGCCGCCUCCACCCUCUUACAUUUAUGGGGCACAACACUUGCUACGAUUGUUUGUGAAACUUCCAGAAAUCCUUGGAAAGAUGUCCUUUUCUGAGAAGAAUCUGAAGGCUUUACUGAAGCACUUUGAUCUCUUUCUUAGGUUUUUGGCAGAAUACCACGAUGACUUCUUCCCAGAGUCUGCCUAUGUUGCUGCCUGUGAGGCACACUAUAGCACCAAGAACCCCAGGGCGAUUUAUUAGAGUUUUGAUGGUUCUGGAAGAACAUCUUGUCUGUCUAGCUUUGUGCUCUAGGUUCGCAGUGAAGAGUAAAGGUCUGGGGAGAUGGUGGGGCCUUCUUUACAGGGCUGAGACAACAGCCACCCCCGGGGCUCUGGCGGAGGUGGGCCCGUUUGUUUGAGUUGCUUACAUCCUGUAGUUAUUCUGUAAAGGUUUACUUCCUGGGUGCCUGAACGGCCUCCAACAUCUGACCCUUGCCACUGUACGCGUCGUCUGUGACAGCGGUUAAAGAACAGCUGUGUUCACAGUGAAACAUUAAUGGAAGUAUGUAUAGGUUAGGCUGUUUUAGUAGAUGUUGGAAUUGUUUGUUAGCAAUGACCACGUUUUUUAGUUACUCAUUAGCAUUAAGCAAAAUUGUUUUCCAAACUGUGUUCAUUCUUGUGACGAGGCUCAACAGCUCUGUCCACCAAAUUUCAGUUUUGCUUGGAAAUCACAAAAUAGUCCCAAAAUAUUUUAGAGGGAAUUGAUAUCGAUGGCAAAAGAAAAUUUGCAGCCCCACACUUGCUUGUUAUAGUUCCUUUCGUCCAAAACCUUAUUUUUGGUGAUCUAAAUAAAGUGUUGCCUCUCUUGUUUGAGAUUUUACAGCUAUACUUUGUUGUGUAAUGUUAUGGUUCCCUUUCUGUAAAACCUUAUUUUUGGUGAUCUAAAUAAAGUGUUGCCCAUCUUGUUGCAAA